AUGCUGUUCUUCGUCGACACCCUGUUUGUUCUUGCCGUCGCCGUUGCGAGCUCCUCCGCGCGCAAUUUGCCGAACUUGCUCCACGUCCGUCAAGACUCAAACGGCGCCCUAGGGAGCCCAGUGUGCACCGACGCCAGGGCCAUCUCGAACUCCACCAUCACUUCGGGGCCCAACACGGUCGCGCUCACCAAGUUCGCCUGUGCGCCCAUCGUGCGCGCGAACGAUGCCCUACUACCCGCCAUCGACGGUCCUGAUCCCCUCGCAGUGACCACCACAACGCGAACGCGGACGGUCGUCAGAACGUCGACCACGAUCCUGACCUCCACCCGCACGGCCACGGCGACAGCGACCCGCACCCCAACCACGACCGCGACGGCCACCGAAACCGCGACCGAAACCGACACCGCAACAGUGACCGCUGUUUCAAUCACGACUGCAACCGCGACUGCGACCGAGACCGAUGUGGAGACGGACACUGCGACUGAGACUGCGACGGAGAUCUUUACGAGCGCAACGACACUCAUACAGAGCGUGACCGCCACCGCGACCGAGACGGACACGGCGGUCGUUGCGAGCGCGACGACGGUCGUGCAGAGCUUCACGGAGACGGACACCGCGACAGAAACGGACGUUGAGACGAGCGCGACGACGCUAUUCGAGAGCGUCACGAACACCGCGACGGUGACUGCGACGGUGACCGCGGCUGCGCCUACACCGACGCUCGCCAACGUCUGCGCCGAGACUUCGUGCGGCCAGCCUGGAGGUAUCAUAAACCUACCGCCGUCUACCGAAGACUGCGCGCGACUCGUCGACACCCUCAACACAGCGCUCACAACGCCCGGGUCGAGCCCGUUCAUCGACGUCGCCCCAGACCAGAUGUUCUCCGCGACGCACGGGACGUGCAAGUUCUCGUUCUGGAACUUCUCCCCCACGACGCUCGAGACGUGCGUCCUCUCGGUGAUACGGUCUGCGUCCGCUGCGGUGAGCGGCUGCCUCGAGGGUGCGCAGCCGGCUGCGGUGUCGGAGGGCCUCUGCCUCGCGAACGAUGGGCUUUGGGAAGUCACCGUCACCCGUGCCUGA